AUGUUCGCCUUCGCGCAAGCUGGCUUGUACGCUGGCCACCGCUCGGGGGAGAGCAAUUUCCCUGGGAAUGCUCUGUCUGCUACAUCCGGAUCGGCUUCUACACCCCAUAGAAUCUUGGGCCAGCACCCUAUUGCCAAACUAAUGAACGAAGCAGAGGCCAAGUUUCGUAAGCUGCUAUCGAAGCAGAGCCAGACUCUCGAGGCGGCCGUAGUCGAAUACAAGAAGAGGUAUCGCCGGGACCCGCCAAAGGGAUUUGAUGCAUGGUGGAAAUUUGCACAGGAAAACAACGUGCGGAUGGUGGACGAAUAUGAUGGGCUAAUGGAGGAUUUGGAGCCAUUCUGGCAGAUGACAGGAGCAGAAUUUAAACGGAGAGCCGUACAGGCUGGCCAGCUUCCCUCUGUAGACUUGGUGAGAAUCCGGGCUGGCGAAGCUGAGGCGGUCAACAUCAAGCCUGCUUAUGAUGACGACGAUAUCGGCAUGCGCGCACGGAGCUUUCUUCUCAUGAUACAAAAAUUCCAGCACUCGCUCCCAGACAUGGACUUUGCCAUCAAUGCCCGAUCCGAAGGUCGCAUACUUGUUCCUUGGGAACACCAUAAAUAUCCCAACAUCACUCAGGAUACUCCAGGUUUGUCAUCUUCGACUUGUGGGCUUCACAUUGCGGACUGGCAGGGAUCAGGCAAUGUAUGGGAAGCUUAUCGACGCGUUUGCCCCCCAAACUCUCUUGCACGUCGCCUUAUCAGCUCAAAACGUAUAACCGCCAACGACUCCACUGCUUAUUUCGAGCUUGGGAACGCUGCUCUAGGCAACGAGUUCAAAUUCGUCCAUGACGUUGAUAGGAACUAUUCUUUCUGUAACAACCCCUGGGCGCACUACUACCAAGGCCACUUUUUCUCCGAUUGGCGUACAGUGCCUGUCCCUCUUCCCAUCCUCUCGCCCGCCAAGAGCUCAGGCUACGGUGACAUCAAAAUCCCAAGCCAUUAUUAUUACGGGACGACACGGCGGUACUCGUAUGGGUAUGACGACGUGAACCACUAUCUCAAGGAAGUGGAUAGCAUGGAAACGCCAUGGGAAAAGAAAUCUGAGAAGAUAUUCUGGAGAGGCGCGACGACAGGGGGUGGUAGUUCACCACCUGGAUUUUCUCCGCAAUAUCAACGCCAUAGGCAAGAUCUCAGCCAUACAGAUUGCUCCUCGAAAAACCAAACCAUCGUAUUCGCCGACCCACCUAGUUCUUCGAACUAUGUCUACGCCAAGGUUCCGAUGAGUGCGCUGAACGAGGAGGUUAUGGACGUCGCCUUCGUUAGCUCAGUUGAUCAUUCCACAUAUCCGGGUGGCCUUCAGCAGCAGAUGUCUGAUCAUCGUUUUGACGAUGCUGUCGAGCUUCGCGAACACUGGGCCCACAAAUACAUACUUGAUCUCGAUGGCAUGAGCUACUCCGGCAAAUUCUUCGCCUAUUUAUCCUCAGAUAGCGCGGUGAUCAAGUCGACUGUCUAUCGCGAGUUCUUUUCUGAUUGGAUCCAACCUUGGCUACACUAUAUCCCACUAUCAACAUCUUAUAAAGAGAUUCACAAUAUUCACUCUUUCUUCUCCGGGGCAACCGACUCCGUGCUGGCAGCAGCCAACUCUACAUCCCUGAAUUUGCCCGCUAUCCGCCGACGGCCUAUAGACGGUGAUCGACGAUUACGCCGCAUCGCUCGAGCUGGCAAACAAUGGAUGAAAACCUUCGGCCGACAAGCGGAUAUGGAGGCCUAUGUCUAUAGGCUGUGCCUAGAGUAUGCCAGACUCUCGGCUGAUGUUCGUGACUCGAUGAACUUCACUACUUAG